GCCUUACAUCAUUGAAUGAAAAUAAUUAAUUCUAUAUAUGUAUAUAAUUUUGUACUUGUCUUUAAUCGAUAUUCGGAUCAUGUACUUAUUAUAAUAUAAGGACACUUGCAUAUAGUUUUCUAUCGUUCUCUCAUCAAUCUAAUAAUGUACCUAUUACAAUUUAUUGAAUUUGUAAUAAAAUGUCGAGCGACAUUGAGGAUAAAUGUCGUAAAAAAAGUUAGGAAAAUCAUGCUUUUCAGAUUGUUCCCAAUAUAAUCUUUUACCAACAGAAACGUUUUCGAGGGAAAAUUAAUAUACAAAAACCCAGAGCACCACAUUACUUGAGAGGCUUGGUGAACAAAUUUAUGAUGCCCUUCUACCUACCUCGAAAUACAGACAAGGAAUUAGAAGAAUUAUGUCACAAAGCAAUAAAUGCUACGAAAAGGAAAGAGCUGGAGGAAACAGUUAAUCCUUACCAAAGAAUAAUAGCACGUGAGGUCCGGAACUGGUUUGACAAUUCCAAACUAGUUGCCAUUUGCCAUCAAAAUUCUAUGACAAUGGAAGAAGUGUUUGAGUUCCGAGUUUUGUUAAAGAAAGCGAAUAUGUCCUACAAGCAAUAUAGCAAGAAGAUUAUGAAAUUAGCGUUGAACGAUUCACCUUACACAGCGACAUUACCAUUGUAUAACGCUUCACACGGUAUUGUGUUUGGUUCUGAUACAAAUGUCACUGACUUUCAAAAAAUUGUCAAAAAGUUUCCACAAGUUAUUUUAUUGGCGGGCAUACUGGAGGGACAAUUGCUAAGCAAGGACGAUUUUUUGAGAUACGGCAAAAUGGAUCUUACAACUUCGCGGGUGCAGCUUGUUCAGUUGUUACAGAAUGCAGGUGGUAACAACUUAAAUCAGCAGCUUACAUAUCAUCAAUCCACACUAGUUGCUCGAUUAAAACAGAUUGGUACAAACGAAACAAAUUCUGGUGAGAACGAAGAAUCGGUGCCUGUAUAAUUGCAAAAUAUAUAUAUACAUAUAUAUAUACUUCUUA